GGUCAAAGUAGCGCACUUCCUUCUUCGAAAACGGCGUGCAAACGUCGUUGAAGUAACCAGUCUACGAUCCUUUUUUGACUACAAAAUGAGUCUCCCAUUGAAUCCAAAACCAUUCUUGAACGGAUUAACGGGAAAGCCGGUGAUGGUUAAGCUGAAGUGGGGCAUGGAAUACAAAGGCUACCUAGUGUCUGUGGAUGCUUAUAUGAAUAUGCAGUUGGCCAACACUGAAGAGUAUGUUGAUGGGGCACUGGCUGGCCACCUAGGAGAAGUGCUAGUCAGGUGCAACAAUGUCUUGUACAUAAGGGGAGUGGAGGAAGAAGAGGAGGAUGGUGAAAUGAAAGAGUGAAGAGGUGCCAAGUUAUGAUGCAUUACCUUUUUACUUCAAUGGAACUGUUAGAAUUCUUGAUACAUUCUUGUCCUUGAUUUUUUUUUUCUUUUUUGUGUAUUGAGAAAACGACUUUCUGCAUCUCCAUAACAUGUCUUUUUUUUGUACUAUGACAUAAUUUGUUGUGCAGUUUGAAGCACAACUUAAUAAAAUUGUGCACAUUGCACUUUUCAUGAA